GACCGUCAAAACAUUAGCAAAUCGCCUCCAAAAAUAGAGUACAACAAACAAACAACUGAAAACACGUUUUGGAGUCUGGACAUUCAAUCAAAACUAAAAAAAAGCGCCGCCGCUAAAUAGUAUAGCAGUAUUUCAUUUCCGGUCACAAUUAACACAUUCCGUCUUCUCUCGUCGCUAAACCUUAAACCCUAGCUUCUGCAUUUUCUUUUCCUCUCUUCGGAGCUCGGUCACACGAUCGAGUUCCUGAAGGUGAUUUUGCUCAUUUAAUUCGUCGAAACUAAGUUAAUUGAAUUUAAAUUCUAUUGUUAUUGUCAUUAUUGUUAUGGCUGCUGCGUUGCAUUUUUACAGCGCUGGUGGUAAAGUUGCCUGUCCGGUUCUACCGAGAACUGCGUUGCAUUGCCGAGCUUUUAGCUUUCGCAAUUCCGUGGCUGUUGCGGAUUGCGGAGCUUUUAGGAAUGUGAAAUUUUCAUGUAAUAGUCGUAGUAUUAGAGUUUUGAGAGUUAGUUGUGACUCGAGAGGUAUUGAUUUGCUUGAGAGGACGAAUGCGAGUCUUAUUGAUUUAAAUGGUGAAGCGGAGAAGAAAUUAACAUGUGUAAUGAAGUUUGGUGGCUCGUCUUUGGCGUCUGCUGAAAGAAUGAGAGAAGUUACUGAUCUUAUACUUAGUUUUCCUGAUGAGCGGCCUAUCAUUGUGUUAUCUGCUAUGGGAAAGACUACUAACAAGCUUUUGAUGGCUGGAGAAAAGGCAGUAUGUUGCGGUGUUACCAAUGUGGAUACUAUCAAUGAGCUGAGCUUCAUUAAGGAGUUGCAUCUCAGAACUGUAGAAGAGCUGGAAGUAGAAGAUUCGAUUAUAACAACUCAUCUUGAAGAAUUAGAGCAACUUUUGAAGGGAAUUGCCAUGAUGAAAGAGUUGACUCUUCGUACAAGAGACUACUUGGUUUCCUUUGGGGAACGCAUGUCCACAAGAAUUUUUGCAGCUUAUUUGAAUAAAAUUGGCGCAAAAGCACGCCAAUAUGAUGCCUUCGAUAUUGGUUUUAGCACCACAGAUGACUUCACUAAUGCAGACAUCCUAGAAGCAACCUACCCAGCAGUUAAAAAGAGAUUGUGUGACGAUUGGAGUAGUAAUCCUGCAAUUCCAAUUGUUACCGGCUUCCUCGGCAAGGGCUUUAAGUCUUGCGCCAUUACUACAUUGGGUAGGGGUGGCAGUGAUUUAACCGCCACAACCAUUGGAAAAGCGCUGGGCUUGCGAGAGAUUCAGGUGUGGAAAGAUGUUGAUGGUGUUUUAACUUGCGAUCCUAAUAUAUAUCAACAUGCGGAACCUGUGCCAUACCUAACAUUUGACGAGGCAGCUGAACUUGCAUAUUUUGGUGCACAGGUCCUGCAUCCUCAAUCCAUGAGACCUGCUAGGGAGGGUGAUAUUCCUGUUAGGGUUAAGAAUUCUUACAAUCCGAAUGCUCCUGGAACUCUCAUCACCAGAUCAAGGGAUAUGAGUAAGGCAGUACUAACUAGCAUUGUUUUGAAACGUAAUGUUACCAUGUUGGAUAUUGUUAGCACGCGCAUGCUUGGUCAGUUUGGCUUUCUUGCCAAGGUCUUUUCUACCUUUGAAGAUUUGGGCAUAUCAGUGGACGUUGUAGCCACUAGUGAAGUCAGUAUAUCUUUGACACUGGACCCAUCUAAGCUUUGGAGCAGGGAACUCAUUCAGCAGGCAAGCGAACUCGACCAUGUUGUGGAAGAGCUCGAAAAAAUUGCAGUUGUCAAUCUCCUUCAGCACCGAUCAAUUAUUUCUCUGAUUGGAAAUGUUCAGAGGUCAUCCUUGAUAUUGGAAAAGGUAUUCAAUGUUCUCCGAGCCAACAGCGUUAACGUGCAAAUGAUAUCGCAGGGUGCAUCCAAGGUUAAUAUCUCGUUAAUCGUGAACGACGAUGAAGCAGAGCAGUGCGUGAGGUCCCUCCAUAAAGCAUUCUUUGAAAGCGAUAUAUCUGAAUUAAGUUGAGAAUAUAUCAAACUUGAAUUCUGCCCCGACUUGAUCAAAAGAUGCGUCGAUUUUUCAUCUCCAUAAUCCUAUAUCAGCAUGGUAACCGAUAAUUUAAUCCGACAUUUUUUUCACGCUUGGGGAUUUCCUGCAAGAUCAGCAUGUAGCAUUUUGGUGUUAAGUUGUAUUUGAAAUAAUCUAAUUUAGUUAGUAAGAGGUCAUGUUCGACGUUGUUGUAUUAUAAAUUUUUAUUUAGUGCUGUGCUCAUCUCCAUUUUCGUUAUUUUCUUUGAACAGAAAUACAUCUUAACAUGUCUUCGAUUUGGUCA